UAUUUUGGUAUCCUUUGUUAUUGUCAAAUCAUGAAUAUUCGAUUAGUAAUAUGUUUCUGUCUUCUUUUAAUCAUCGGUGCAUUUGCCAAAAAGUCAAGGGUUUUUGGGGGACCGCUAGCAUCGAUAAGUGAUUUUCCGCAUUUGGUUUCUAUCCGAAUUAUUAGUACGAAUGAACUCCUUUGCGGAGGUUCUAUUAUUAGCCGUUGGAAUAUUCUCACUGCAGCGCAUUGUUUCCUUGGACUUAAUAAUACAUACAAUGACGUAAAGAUUGUUUCCGGAGCAGGAACUUUACUUAAUAUUUAUUCAGAUGUGCAUGAUAUAGAUUAUAUAAUUGCUCAUCCACAAUUUCGCUAUAAUAUACAUAGGUUACUCAUACACGAUGUUGCAAUUGUUAAGCUGCGAAGGCCGAUAUAUAUGAAUGAAUUACAAUCAAUUAUUCCAUUAGCAUCCCGACCAGCUCGUACGGAAAAUGUAGCUUUAAUCGCUGGUUGGGGGACGACUCCGGAUACAGAAGGCCAACUUAAUUUUACUCUUUUGAGAAUGACUACUGGGAUUAUUGUAGAUAAUAUUCAAUGCGCAGCUUAUUUUCCAGUUUCAUUACAAAAUUAUCAGUUCUGUACACUCAAUCCUGCUGACGUAGUUAUUUGUGCUGGUGACUCUGGUAACUCAGUUACUAUUGAUGGAGAACUUUAUGGAAUUGUCUCAUAUACCCUUCGGGGAGCUCGUAAUGCACCAGUUGUACAUAGUCAAGUGUAUUAUUAUUUAGAUUUUAUAAGACGUAACAUGAUCGAAUAAUUCAUAUAGUAUAAUCGAAUGUAUUAUAUUAUUGUUAUUAAUUGUAUAAAUCGAUUUAAUUUAACAGACACUUAUAUCGUAAUUUAAAAAAUUAAUGUGACUUUCGAGCAAAGUGCUUCUCUCCUUUCGAUUAUGGUUAACAAUUAAGUUGAAUAUAAAUUUAUGACGAAUCAUAAUAUGUGAGAUUGUUUCAAUAAAUGAGAUGUCAUACGAAUAUUGUAAUACCUAAUCGCAUACAAAUUGUCAGAGU